AUGGGCCGCUUCUCGUCCUUUUUGGCGGCCGUUCUGCUGGCCGUCGCUCCGGCUUUGACCAUAGCCGUCGCUGUCUCCCCCGCGGCCGCCGAGGUCACCGCACCCUUUGUCGGCCACCAGAUCACUGCUCGCACCGUCAACUGCGAGUUUCGAGUCACGGCGGACGACAACGCAACGUGCAUCGAAUUCACCAGAGAGUGGGGUUUAACUGUAGACCAGUUUAUGGUUCUCAACCCCACGGUGACAUGUCCUAUGUUGACGCCAGACACGCCAUACUGCGUCCUGGGCACUGUCAGCGGCCCGUCCACGUCGGGAACCGUCGGCCCGAUCCGCUCUCCGACCUCGGUCAGCUAUACUCUGCCGACAGGGACAGGUGGGCCGUCGAGCGUGGACAUUUCGUUUUCGACAUACCCCACGACUACGUCGAAAACUACCACGACCAAAACGUCAACGACGUCCUCGUCUACCUCGUCGAUGACCGGUAGUAAGCCCGCUCCGACGCAGGCUGGGCUAGCAGCCAACUGUAACAACUUCCACCUUGUGGUUAAGGGAGACUCGUGCUCAAAGAUCGAGUCAUCGUAUGGCGUGUCGGCCGCAGACUUUUUGACGUGGAACCCGGCCUUGCAAAGCAACUGUCUGGGCCUGUUGACCGGCUACUACGUCUGUGUCGGUGUGCCGGGAGGAACUACGGCGGUACAACCUAGCUCGUUGCCCAUAUCCACCACGUCCAAGGCGACCACCUCGUCGACUAUCGUCACAUCUAGGACGACUUCUUCAACAUCCAAGACAUCCACCGCGUCAACUGUGUUGCCCAUAUCCACCACGUCCAAGGCGACCACCUCGUCGACUAUCGUCAAAUCUAAGACGACUUCUUCAACGUCCAAGACGUCCACCGCGUCAACUGUGCCCUCUCCUCUCCAGCCAGGCACGUUUGACAACUGCACGGCCUACCACCUCGUGGUAGCCGGUGACAGCUGCUCGGCCAUUGAGACUGCUGCUGGCAUUUCGUCGGCACAGUUCGCCACCUGGAACUCGGGCGUUAACGCCGAUUGCACCAACAUUGAUGUCGGCUACUACUUGUGUGUUGGUGGUGGCGGCGGCGUUGUCUCGGCUAUCCCAUCCCCCCUCCAACCCGGCACCUUCGAUAACUGCACAGCCUACCACCUCGUGGUAGCCGGUGACAGUUGCUCGGCCGUUGAGACUGCUGCUGGCAUUUCGUCGGCACAGUUCGCCACCUGGAACUCGGGCGUUAACGCCGAUUGUACCAACAUUCAAGUUGGCCACUACCUGUGCAUUGCGGGUGGCGGUGGUGCUGUGUCUUCGACGCCUUCUCCGCUUCAGCCAGGGACCAUAUCGACGUGUACCAAAUACCACCUAGUCGCCUCGGGUGACACGUGCGCCUCCAUUGAGGCGGCGGCAGGCAUCACGGCGGCGCAAUGGGCCAAGUGGAACCCGAGUGUGAACUCGGCGUGCACCAACAUUGACCUGGGGUAUUAUGUAUGCGUUGGCGCGUAA